AUGAAGAGGAAAAAGUCGCUGGUGCAAGGACGGCCGCCGACAGUGAAGAAGCCGGCAGCGUCGCUAUCGGCCAGAGCGACCCGCGACCUCAUCAGGAGCCACCACCAGCUACACAAGGCGCGCGCAAGGGCAGCGGCAGAGGGCAACGAGGAGCUGGUGCGGCAACUGGAUGGCGAGAUCGCGGCGAAGGGCGGGCUGAAGAGCUACCAGCUCGCCAGCAAGAAGGGCCAGUCGAAGGAGCGCGGAGGAGAUUCCAGCCAUAUCCUGCUGCAAUGGCUGAAGCCGUUUCUCAGCAGUAUCGAAGCACAUACGGAAAGCGAUGGAAGUAAACUACGAGUGCUGGAAGUUGGCGCGUUGAGCAGCAGGAAUGCCUGCUCGAUGGUGAAGACGCUGGGCGUUACGAGGAUCGAUUUGCAUUCGCAGGAGGCGGGCAUACUACAGCAGGAUUUCAUGGAACGACCGCUGCCCACUGCCGAGGAGGACAGGUUUCACAUCAUCAGCUUGUCCUUGGUGCUCAAUUACGUCCCUGACCCCACGGGUAGAGGCGAGAUGCUGCGUCGGACAGUCGAGUUUCUCACGUCGAGUGUCAAGGCGGAGGUUCUGCCAGCGCUGUUCCUGGUGCUGCCGGCCGCCUGUGUGCUGAAUUCAAGAUACCUGACCGAAGAGAGGCUAGACGAUAUCAUGGCAUCUCUCGGAUAUCAGCAACUGCAAAGAAAAGUAUCUUCAAAGCUCAUUUACUACCUAUGGAGAUACUGCGAUGUUCACGUUAGAACCAGAGGCGCUGGCUAUCCAAAGCAGAUCAUAAACCCGGGUCCAGGCAGGAAUAACUUUGCUGUUGUUCUAAAGCCUUCUGUUUGA